CAUAGCCCAACUAUCUCAUUGUUUGCUGCUCAGUGCAUUUGCCAGUUUAUGCCCCUCACUGAUUCAUCACUAUAAAGCAACACUAACAACCACACAACAGCAAAUGAGCUGUAAGCUUCAGGAGGCAACAAAGACAGCUGCAAGCAAAACAGCAAACCAACUGUUUAUAGUGUAAACUAUCUGAGAGGAUCUCCAAAAAAAGAGAGAAUUUUUUUGUUUGUGUUCAAGAUGACGUGUACCUUCAGGAUAUUACUGUUAACAUGCGCUCUGUGUUGUACUGAAGAGACUUACCGCCCUUCAAGUAACAGAUUUAGGAAAUUUCCUGCUUUGUCAGCAGUGGGGAAGAUUGAAGAGUGCAUACCCGACGGAAGUGAUGGGAGCAGCUAUAGAGGCAAAAUGUCAGUGACAGCCAAUGGACGGAUAUGUGUCCCCAGGCAUUUAGUCACUAGACAGCCAAUUCCGUCUCUUAGUCACCACCAACAUAGCUACUGCAGGAAUCCAAAUAAAAAACCUAAGCCAUGGUGUGUGGUUAAGAAAAGAAACCGCUAUGUACGUGAAUAUUGUAACAUUUCACACUGUGAAACAAAGCAGACCAAGAGUCCACCAAAACCUGAACCAUCAAAGCAGGACACAGAGUUAACAUGUGGAGAGCGAUCCCUGUUACCUAGAUCAAAGAUAAUUGGUGGAAUAAGGUCAACUGUUGAGUCUCACCCUUGGAUUGCAUCUAUCUUCUUUGGAGAACAAUUCACUUGUGGAGGAUCCCUCAUUGCUCCCUGCUGGGUCCUUACUGCUGCCCACUGCUUCACGUCAGGGAUGAACACAAAAACAAAGAAAUACUCUGUAUACUUGGGAAAGAAUGCCAUCAAUGAAAACGACCUUACCAAAGAGCAGCAGUUCACCGUGAGCAAACUAGUGGUCCAUGAAGGCUUUAACUACACAACUCAAAAUUUUACCCAUGAUAUUGCUCUACUAAAGAUAGUUGAUAGCAAUGGACAAUGUGCAAGCAAGACCAGCUCUGUGAGAACCGUGUGCCUUCCCCCAUCCUUGGUGAUGCUUCCUCCAGGAACCUACUGUGAGAUUGCUGGCUAUGGAAGACAUCAAAAGGGUGGCUUUGAGUACUCUAAGCAUCUGAAACAGGCUCAGGUGAUGCUUAUUUCCCAGAAAAAUUGCAUAAACUAUUACAAUAAGGAAGAGGACAAUAUUAAUGAACACAUGUUCUGCGGAGCUGGCAAGGAUUGGAAGGAAGAUGCUUGCCAGGGUGACUCAGGAGGGCCACUACUGUGUGAAGUAAAUAACAAAAUGUUCCAGUUCGGUAUCAUUAGCUGGGGAGAUAAGUGUGCUGAAGAGUCGAAACCAGGUGUUUACACAAAGGUCACCAACUACAACCAGUGGAUCUCAGAGCACACUGGUUUACCCACAUAUACAGCAGGCUCGAGGUAUCCACAAAAGGAUUAACUUUGAGGGGUUCACUUUACAACAGAAAUGACUUCUUAGCCACUCAGGCUCAUAAAUGUGUUAGUUAUUUUUGCCUUUUAAGAGAGAUGCGGCAGCUACGUGUGAUGCAGUUGCAUAGGAAUCAUCUUUGACAAUGUUAUCUUUACAUACUACUGCUUUUUAUAGGAUAGUGUUUACAGUGUUAAAUAAAUAGUUCACCCAAAAAUGAAAAUUCUCUCAUCAUUUACUCACCCUUAUGCCAUCCCAGAUGUGUAUGACUUUCUUUCUUCUGCUGAUCAUAAAUGAAGACUUUUAUAAGAGUUUCUGAGCUGUUUUGUUCCAUGCAAUGGGUGCCAGAAUUUUGAAGCUCCAAAAAUCACACGUCAGCAUAAAAGUAAUCCAUAAGACUCCAGUAGUUAAAUCCAUGUCUUAAGAAGUGAUAUGAUAGGUGUGGGUGAGAAACAGAUCACUUUCAUCUACUUCUUCUAUAUUUGUGAUUCACAUUCUUCAUGUAUAUCGCCCCCAACUGGGCAGGGGGAAAAAUUUCAAGCAAAAAAUUACUUAAAAAUGUAUUUGUUUCUCACUCACACCUAUCAUAUUACUUCUGAAGAUAUGGAUUUAACUACUGGCUUUGCAUGGAUUACUUUUUUGAUGCCUUUACGUGCUUUUUGGAGCAUCAACAUUUUGGCACCCAUUCUCUUGCAUUGUAUAAACCAAAAGAGAUUAAAUACUCUUCUAAAAAUCAUAAUUUGUGUUCAGCAGAAGAAAGAAAGUCAUACACAUCUGGGGGUGAAAAAUGAGGGUGAAAAAAUUAUGACAGAAUUUUCUGUUUUGGGUGAACUAUCCCUUUAAGGUGAACGAAGGAUCUGUAUGAUAUAAGGAUUUCUUUAUAGUCUGUCUACUUGCAAGUUUAAUGUAUUUUUUAUGAUCUGUGAAUUAUGUUUUAAGCAAGUCUUUCAGAAACUUAUGUUAAUGACAUGGAUGCUAUAAAUCAAUAUGAAAACAUAUAAUGAGCUGUUCUCCAAGAGAUUAGAUUUGAUAUUGGAUUGGGUAUUAUCUGGUUUGUUAUUAUGACAUUUUUUAUUUAAAAUUUUUAAUAAUGCGUUAUUUAAUUUCUAUUUAUUGCAAAUAUGUGUGUAUUGAUUUUUCAAAGAUACAGCUGUCACUGUAAAACAGACUUUUUCCUAUCAGUUUUUUCAAUACAAAUCUCUCCUAAUUUCCAAGACAAAAGAAGCUUAUUUUUUCUGACAUGAAUUGAUCUUGCUUGAAAUCUCAUCACAUUUUUCUCAUUCAUUGCACAACUGGGACUAUUAAUUUUUCUCUAAAUCACAGCCAGUUGUGCAUUGUAAUUUCAUAUUAAUUGUCAACCUUUCUAGCAUUUAUUAUGUAAUUCAUCAGUCAGUGCAACAAUAUUUUUAAAUGUAUAAAAAUAAAGCAAUGAGGCAGUGGGUUGUGCACAUACUUGUGAUACAUAAAAGGUCAGU